GAAGUUUUUUAUUUCUCGAUCAUAUGUUAAAUUUGUGUUUUUCUGUCAGGAUGAAGACAAAGCUGGUGUUGGAAGCGGCCAUCGAAGAGAGAUUCGAGCCCUGAUUAAGGAAAAAGAUUUACAGAAAGCGACGAUCGAUGCUUACAAUGCCGAAAAGGAGCGUCGACGUCGUAUCGCUGAAAGACAGAAACUGUACAACAGUACUGAACAGCAGUUGGCGCCAGAGUCUAGCGAAGAACCACAAAAUAAAAAAUUGGUAUUAGAGGAAUACGGCGAUCAUUGUCGAAUUGAAGUGAAUCAAAAAUUGGCCGCGCUGUUAAAGCCUCAUCAAAUGGAGGGAGUCCGAUUCCUUUAUCAGAAUACAAUCGAAAGUAUCGAUAAAGUAAAAGAACCAGGCAGCGGCUGCAUUAUUGCACACGCGAUGGGAUUAGGCAAAACCUUGCAGCGGCUGUCGACCGACUGUCGUACCGACUGUAGCUUGACAGUUGUCGUCCGUUACCUCAGCCAGGUCGGCAGCGACCCCAGGUGCUGGGAAGGCACACCCGGUGUUGCAUGUGACAGUGGAAUGCGACUAUUUGACUUUUAUGCGUCAAAUGGUUUCGUUGUCGGAAGUUCGGUUGUAACUUUCCUGCAUACGAUAUUCAGUUAUGAGCAACUUGGAUUUCGGACUGCGCUAAUCGUUUCGCCAGUGAACGUUCUUCUGAACUGGAAAGCUGAAUUUGACCUUUGGCUUGACAACAAUGACUUAUCAUUGAAUGUCUGGGACGUUAUCAAUUUCAAAGCGCUUGAGGACAGGGAAAAGGUAUGCCAAGCAUGGCAACGGGAAGGAGGCGUGAUGCUCAUAAGUUAUUCGAUGCUUCGCUUAAUGGUACAGGGCGGAAAGUCACGCAAAAGCAAGAUCUUCGGCAAAAAAUUUGCUUCGCUUCUCUUGGAUCCUGGUAUGUGA